CCGGGGCAGCGCAUCCCGCUCCGCCGGCGGCCCCGGGCCGGCCCUGCCCUGCCCUGCCCGCGCCGCGCUCCCAACUUUCCUCGGCGUGGCACAAAAUGUGCCGGGGAGCCGCCGAGCCCCUUUGACGUCUUGAUCCUCUCCGAGAACUUAACAGGAUCGCAAAGCCCUUCGAGCGGCUUUUCCCGGUGAGCCGGGCUUAGCGCUGGGGCUGCGGCCGUAAUCCGCCCGCGCCGCGCGGAGGGGCGGCCCGGCGGGCCUGCCCUGCCCCGCCGCCCCCGCCGGGCCGCGCCGGGCCGGGCCGGGCCGGGCGGGCGGCGCUGCCGCGGCUCCCGGCGCGGCCGGAGCGCUCCGGGCCGGCCCAGGGAGCGCUGCCCGCAGGGAGAGCGCCCGGGCCCGCAUCCAGGCAGGCGGACGGACGGACGGACGGAGCGAGCUCCAGAGUUCGGAUGCUGCGGAGGAGAGCGUGGGCAGGUCUUUAAUCAUUCUUGCCAUGCUGUCAUUUUGCUUUAUCUUUCUGAUUAAGAAAAGGACUUGGAGUAUUCCAGAUAACUCUGCACUGUUGUUUCAUGGAGCAGUUUUAGUGGGUUUUGUGUCAUUAACAUGUUCUGUGUGUACAUUGCCUGUUGUUGUGUCAGCAAGCCUGCCCUGCAGUGAGCACGCUGUUUAAGUGAGCUGUACCUAUGUCCUAAGUUCAUAAAUUGGUUUGGGUUGGAAGGGACCAUAAGAACCAUGUAGUUCCAGCUCCUCUUCCAGCAGACCCGGUUGCUCAAAGCCUUGUCCAGCCUGGCCUUGGGCACGUGCAGGGGUGGGGCAUCCACAGCUUCUCCAGGCAACGUGGUCCAGUGUUUCAAUGCCAUCAUAGUGAAGAAUUUCUUCCUAAUAUUUAAUCCAAAUCUACCCUUUCAGGUUCCCUUUCUGGGGGCAUAUGGUUCAUUUGGAAGCAUGUAGGGCAGUAUUUUGCAUGCUUUUCACCUGUAUUCUUGGGUUUCCAUUUGCCUGUGUUGCACAUCGCUUAUCAUCAAAUUGAGAAGUUGCUUAAUUGAUGUUGGCCACCUGCACUGCUGAGGUUCCCUGCACUCCUUUUGUUUCUCUUGCCUAUACAAUUUUUUGCCAUGCUGAGAUCUUACUGUAUCUCUACUUCAUCUUUCCAUCAGUAUCAUUAACAACAGGUUUUCCUACAGAGCCCUGAGGAAUACUAUUAUUGACUUCUGCAGUGGUGAAGGUGACUGUUUAGUCCUGUUCUUGCUUUCUGUCUUCUUGGUUUUUUAAAUCCAAAAUAGUGUUUGGCUUCAUAUGCUAUUGCUGUUUUUUUUUUCCCUUUUUUAGUGGCAUAGCUUUUGAAAGUCUGAAUAAGGUUUCCUGUAUUCAGUGCUCCACUGGCAUACUCAAGCUUUUCAGAAGUUGUCAUUUAGAUGUUGAUAUGUAAAGCAAAAUGGCAAAAAUCAACACCCAGCACUCCUACCCUGGUGUACACAGCCUGUCUGUCAGAACUUCUGAUGAAGAUAUUGAAAGGAUUGAAAAUGGCUAUAUCAGAACCCAUUCACUACUUGAGGAUGCAUCUUCAGAACUGCAGGGAGUCAUUUCUGUGGAGGGAGGACAUGUACCUGAGCCCCAGGCGAGCUCCUUCACUGGCAGGGGAGCAAUGGCAAGGCUGUCCCGGUUUGUCUUAUCUGUAAGGUCAUGGGCCACAAGACACUCGCAGCGUGAAGACCAGAGGCCUGACUCUUUCCUGGAACGGAUCAGGGGCCCUGAGCUCGUAGAGGUGUCCACCAGGCAAAGCAACAUCCGCUCCUUCCUGGGCGCCCGUGAGCGGCCCGGGGCAGCAAACAGUCACUGGCCCUUGGCCAGGUUCAAUGUCAACUUUAGCAACAACACCAAUGAAGACAAAAAGGAAGAAAAGAAAGAGGUUAAAGAGGAGAAAAAAGAGGAAAAGAAAGAGGAAAAGAAAGAUGAAAAGAAAGAGGAAAAGAAAGAUGACAAAAAAGAUGACAAAAAAGAUGAUAAAAAAAAGGAAGAGCAGAAAAAGGAGGUCUUUGUGAUAGAUCCUUCGAGCAAUCUGUACUACAACUGGCUGACUGUAAUUGCAGCACCCGUGUUCUAUAACUGGUGUAUGCUAGUGUGCAGAGCCUGCUUUGAUGAGCUACAAAUGGACCACAUUAAAAUGUGGCUGUUCUUGGAUUAUCUCUCUGAUAUUGUCUAUGUUAUUGACAUGUUUGUCAGGUUCAGAACAGGCUUCCUUGAACAAGGCUUGCUAGUUCAGGAUGAGAAGAAAUUACGAGAACAUUACACCAAAACUGUGCAGUUCAAACUAGACGUGCUGUCUCUUGUGCCAACAGACCUGGCAUAUUUCAAGCUUGGUUUGAACUACCCUGAGCUGCGAUUUAACCGCUUGCUGAGGAUCGCUCGGCUCUUUGAGUUUUUUGACCGUACCGAGACCAGGACAAAUUAUCCAAACAUGUUCCGUAUUGGCAAUCUGGUGUUAUACAUCCUUAUCAUCAUCCACUGGAACGCGUGCAUAUACUUUGCGAUAUCGAAGGUGAUUGGGUUUGGGACUGACACCUGGGUGUAUCCCAACGUGUCCGUUCCGGAGUACGCGCGCCUGUCCAGGAAAUACAUUUACAGUCUGUACUGGUCGACGCUCACGCUGACAACCAUUGGAGAAACGCCGCCCCCGGUGAAGGACGAGGAGUAUCUCUUUGUCGUCAUCGACUUCCUGGUGGGCGUGCUCAUCUUUGCCACCAUUGUUGGUAACGUCGGCUCCAUGAUUUCCAACAUGAAUGCUUCCAGGGCAGAGUUCCAGGCCAAAGUGGAUUCCAUUAAACAGUACAUGCAGUUCCGAAAAGUGACUAAGGAUUUGGAAGCCAGGGUUAUUAAGUGGUUUGAUUACCUCUGGACCAACAAGAAAACAGUAGAUGAGAAGGAAGUUCUCAAAAAUCUGCCUGACAAGUUGAAGGCUGAAAUUGCCAUCAAUGUCCAUUUGGACACACUGAGGAAAGUGCGUAUAUUCCAGGAUUGUGAAGCUGGACUUCUCAUUGAGCUGGUGCUGAAACUGAAACCUACGGUCUUCAGUCCUGGUGACUACAUUUGCAAAAAAGGAGAUAUUGGAAGAGAAAUGUACAUUAUUAAAGAGGGAAAAUUGGCUGUGGUGGCGGAUGAUGGCAUAACCCAAUUUGUAGUCCUAAGCGAUGGCAGCUACUUUGGUGAAAUCAGCAUCCUAAACAUCAAAGGUAGCAAAUCUGGCAACAGGAGGACAGCCAACAUUAGGAGUAUUGGUUAUUCUGAUUUGUUCUGCUUGUCUAAGGAUGAUUUAAUGGAAGCCCUCACAGAAUAUCCAGAAGCCAAAAAGGCUCUGGAAGAGAAAGGACGUCAAAUUCUGAUGAAAGACAAUUUAAUAGACGAGGAGGCAGCAAAAGCGGGAGCUGACCCAAAAGACUUGGAAGAAAAAAUAGGACGACUUGAAGUAGCUCUGGAUACGCUGCAGACUAGGUUUGCGAGGCUCAUGGCAGAAUACACUGCAUCUCAACAAAAGGUGAAACAGAGACUUGCCAGAGUAGAAACCCGAGUGAAAAAAUAUGGUAGUGGCAGCUUAUCAGUUGCAGAAGCAGAGACUGAAAAACCUGAGGAGAAAAAGCAGUAAUGGGGUACUUAUAUUUCCUCAUUUAUUGGAGAAAGGUGAAGCACUGAAAGCCAUAAAUGUAUGUAAAUAUGUGUGUGCAUACAUAGACAUAAUUAUUUUUAUAUGAACUCAAGAGAAUGGUUUUUAGCAUUUUUAACUGAAGCAGUAUUUUCUUGUAAAUAGAACACUGUCACCUUUUUCUUGGGGGGAGAUUUGGUCCAGCACUUGGUACUUUUUUGUACUGAGAGCGGGUUUCUUACAAGUCAUGCUCAGAAUGUCUGUUGUGUUUGGUACCUGUAGGUCUUGACACAUUGUCUCUUCCUGCGCAUUGUGCGUUAAGAAGGCGUUGUACUUGAAGUAGAUGAGAUUAAUUUUUCUCCUUUUUAAGAGCUUAAAAAAUGUUUAUAGGGUACCCUGCUCUAACUUGCUACUUUAGUAGCUGAUUAAAUGCAUGGAUGGAUGCCUGGGUUUCUCAAAAUUGUUGUUCUUUCACAGUCUGUGCAAACAGCUGGACGACAGCUAAGCAGUGUCAGGUACCUGGCCAUUGCAGUGCACCCUGCAUGUGUCUGAAAUAGCUGUGUGUUUGGAUCCUUUAGUCUGAUUCUCUCUAAUGAGCUGGGCUCUGCACAAAGGACCAUGCUGACAGAGUAGCAGUGCUCAUUCACGUCCCUUCUGGCAGGCUCUGUGACAGCCUUUGGUGCUCUGCAACUGCUUCACCAAGGGAGAGAGUGCGGUAUCCUCCCUUCUUGUUUUUUUGGCUGAGUUUCAGCUGCACUGGUAAAACCCUCACUUGGAAAGGAGUCCCCCUGAAAAUCACUGGUGGACGGGUAAUAAGGUUUCACUGAACCUGCGAGGAGAAAAGUGGGUCCUAGUGUGUGCAGCUCCCCUAUGUAGGGUGCUGAGUGAACUCCCUGGCAAGUGGGUGGUCCUGAGGAAGGCUACUGAGAAAUCCCACGGGCUGGCAGGGCAGGCUGUCACUGCCUGCCAGGCAGCUUGCUCCCACAACAGGUUUUCUGCAAGGCAGGGAUAACAAGCCCUGUGUUCCAGAGUAAUUCUGGUCACUUAUGCCUAUGUUUUCCUUCUUUUUAUUUCUUCUGAGGAUAUCUACUCCGUCCCCUUUGCUGUUUAUGGCCAUCUUUUCUCCAAAGUAAUUGUCACACUACCAUGUUUCUAUUAGGGACAAUGCAGAAGAUGUUAGCUUUCAUUUUUUGCUGUACAGUAUUUUGCUGUCAUGCAAUUUUCCCUAUGUUACUUUCAUCCACCUGUAUCUCACUGGCUUUUGAAAGGUAUGGAGUAGCAGAGGCUGUUCAGCAUGUAUGGCAUGGGAUCCUCCAGUGGCAUUAGGUAUUACUAUGGGCGAUGUUCUGACUUUAGUUGUUUUCAGGCCUGACUUAUGAUGGCAUCUGGGACUGAUGUCUUGUUGGAAAAUUGGUGAGAAACCCACUGAGAAGAGGGUGGUUUGACUGGGUGACAGUGGAAUGAAAAGAGACAGUUUUGCUAAAUGAGUACAACUGCUAAGAGUAAGUCCUUGUCUCCAGGCAAGCAGCUGUUCCCUUCUAUUGACACUUCUGAGCCUGGUGAGGGAGACAAAUCUGUCAGUGAUGAAGGAAUGAAGCUUUGCCAGCAAUACUGGCAAAGGGACAACUGGGUGGUAAUGGCCACACUUGGCCCUUAUCUAAACUCCUGUUAUCGUUAGUAUAAAAGCCAACUGUCCUUAUGGAUCUUCCCUAGAUUUGGCUUAACCUCUAUUAUCAAAAUAUCCACUGAUUGUAAUAAGUGGUUUGGAAAGUAGUCAAGAUCUGUUUGUGGCCAGUGGCACUCAGGAGUUGCUCCAUCAGCUGAAUCUUGUCCUUAUUUUCUUUAAGGGCUUGAGAGAAAUGGGGAGCUCCGAGAGGCUGGUUUUGGCAGGGGUGUAGUGCCCUUGGUCCCACCCAGAGGCAGGCACGGCUGAGGUGCAGCUGGGCUCACUGCAGGGUACCCCUGUGAGCACAGACUGUGCCAUCACAGGCUGCUCAACUUGCAACUUCCACCUUGUGACAGAGCCGGGUACCACACUCACCUUGGCUGACAUUCACUGCUGUGUGACUCAAACCCACUGUAUCUGGUAGGGGUUUCAUGCAUAUUGACAUGUUCUCCAUCAGUCGUCAUUCUCUGUAAAUACCUAACUAUCUACCCAACAUAGCACAGUUGUUCCAGCCCACUAGGUAUAUGUGAGUAAAACUGUUUAAAGUACUCUUUAUACCAAAUUCAUACCUGUUUAAAAACCCUAAAAAACACAGGACUGCAUCUUUACCUGAUGGAUCAGAACAGCCUAAUCUAUCAGUUAAAUACAUGUUUGUUCUUCCCUUUCCAUGCCUCUUGAACUGGUUUUCAUACACCAGAAAAGAGUAUUUUGAUGCUAUUGGCUUCAGUCACUUUGAAACAUACAGCUUCUGGCAUGAAGAAAUCACAUCCUUUGGUGUCUUUUAUCUCUGUAAGAUUUUUUUUCCUCUUCUUUAAUGUGGCUACAGCAUGUACAUUAAAAUAUUUUGAGUAAUGUUCAA